UCUUGGAGAGGGCAGGAGGGUAGAGGGCUCAAGCGGGGCACUUCUGCCGAGGAGGACGGGCCGUAACGUACCGGGACGCUUCUCGGGGGUGCCAGAGAUGAACUUUGGGCCAGCUCACAAGCCGCUGGCGGCGGACUCCGCUCCGAUGGACAGCCUGGAGAAGCAGCUCAUCUGCCCCAUCUGCCUGGAGAUGUUCACCAAGCCUGUGGUCAUCCUGCCCUGCCAGCACAACCUGUGCAGGAAAUGCGCCAACGACAUCUUCCAGGCUGCAAACCCUUUGUGGCAGUCGCGGGGGUCUGCAGCCAUGUCUGCUGGGGGGCGCUUCCGUUGCCCGUCCUGUCGCCACGAGGUGGUCCUGGACCGUCACGGCGUCUUCGGCCUGCAGCGCAACCUGCUGGUGGAGAACAUCAUCGACAUCUACAAGCAGGAGUCCAGUAGGCCGGUCCAGCUCAAGUCGGAGCAGCGGAUGAUGUGCGAAGACCACGUGGACGAGAAGAUCAACAUCUACUGCCUGAGCUGCGAGACGCCCACCUGCUCCAUGUGCAAGGUGUUUGGGGCGCACAGGGACUGUCAGGUGGCGCCGCUGCAGGCCGUCUACGAGAGGCAGAAGGCGGAGCUCAGCGACGGGAUCGCCAUGCUGGUGGCCAGCAACGACCGCGUCCAGGCACUCAUCAGCCAGCUGGAGGACAUCGGCAAGACCGUCGAGGAGAACGGCCGGCGGCAGAAACAGCAGCUGUGCUCCGGGUUCGACGCCCUCUACGCUGUGAUGGAGGAGCGAAAACAGGAGCUGGUGCGGCGCAUCAGCCAGGAGCAGGACGAGAAGCUGGGCCACGUGCGCGCGCUCAUCCGUCGCCACGGCGACCACCUGGAGGCGGCGGUCAAGCUGGUGGAGGACGCCAUCCGGUCUAUGGAGGAGCCGCAGAUGGCCGUCUUCCUGCAGAACACGAAGGAGGUGUUCCAGAAGAUCGGGGAUGCUGCCGGGACCUCCGCUAUCGAGCGCACGGAGCCCGGUUACGAGAGUAUGGCGCACUUCGUCAUCGACAGUGACGCCGUCACCAGCGGGCUGCGGGCCAUCGAUUUCCAGGCAGUGCCUGAGGAUGAGGAAGAAGGGGAUGGUGGGGAAGAACCGGAGUCCCAUCCUGACCUGGCUGGAGAAUCUGGGAGACUGUAGCCUCUGUAUGGGACUCCCAGCAGGUUUUUCCCUCAAUGAAGGCUGAAAAGGUGUUUGAAGGACAUUUAAUAUGAUCCCUAAAGCAC